AUGUGUUUGUGGACCAAACAUUCAGAAAUUUGGGUGCCAUUGGUCUUUCUACUCAGCCUUAUUCCCUUGACUGAGACAGUCAAACCCUCAACCAAGGACAGCAGCAGCACUGGGAGUCAAGGCCAACUGGCAGAAGUACUACAGGUUCUCUCUGCUGGUGACCACCCGCCCCUCAACCACUCACGAAGCCUCAUCAAAACAUUGUUGGAGAAGACGGGGUGCCCCCGGAGGACAAAUGGAAUACGAGGAGAUUGUAACCUGUGUUUUGAACCAGAUGCACUAUUACUAAUAGCUGGAGGAGACUUUGAAGAUCAGCUUAGAGAAGAGGUGGUCCAGAGAGUUUCUCUUCUCCUCCUCUAUUACAUUAUUCACCAGGAAGAGAUCUGUUCUUCAAAGCUCAACAUGAGUAAUAAAGAGUAUAAAUUUUACCUACACAGCCUCCUGAGCCUCAGGAAAGAUGAAGACUCCUAUUUCCUUUCACAGAAUGAGACAGAAGAUAUCUUGGCUUUCACCAGGCAGCACUUUGACACAUCCAGAAGCCAGUGUAUGGGAACUAAAAUGCUACAGAAAAAAUCUGGAAUCCAGAGCAGUGACGGUGCGGAUGAAAAUACACUUCCCAGAUUGGCAGCGACAAUCAUUGCUUUGUCCCUCCAGGGUGUUUGUCUGGGACGAAGAAACUUGCCAGCCCCAGACUAUUUUACAGAAUAUAUUUUCAGUUUCUUGAAUAGUACAAAUACUCUCCACUUAUCAGAACUAAACCAACUCCUCCAUACUCUCUGGACCAAAACCACCUGUAUCAAAAAGGAUAAAAUCCAUCAACUUCAAAGGAAACAAAACAACAUAACAACCCAUGAUUGGGGCUACUCUAAUCUAUCUGUGUCUGUGGACAAAGGUUCAGAUGAUGGUCCAAUUUCCUGGGAUCAGACUUGCUUCUCUGCUCAGCAGCUGGUGGAGAUAUUUCUACAGAAUAGAUUUUCGUCCAUUUCUAAGGAGGACUUUAAGCAGCUGAGUCCAGGGAUCAUUCAGCAGCUACUCAGCUGCUCCUGCCACCUGCCCACUGACCAGCCAGCAAAACUUCUACCCACCACGCUGGAGAAAUAUGGCUACAGCACAGUGGCUGUGACACUUCUCACACUGGGCUCCAUGCUUGGGACAGUACUGGUCCUUUUCCACAACUGUGAAGAGAACUACAACCUUAUUUUACAGCUGUUUGUGGGUUUGGCUGUUGGGACACUCUCAGGGGAUGCCCUGCUCCACCUUAUCCCUCAGGUAAUCUAUCUACAUAGGCAGGAAGACACUGAGUUUGGACAUUAUUUCCAUGAAAGCAAAGGUCAUAUUUGGAAACUGUUGGGUCUAAUUGGAGGCAUCCAUGGAUUUUUCUUGAUAGAAAAAUGUUUUAUUCUUCUUGUGUCACCAAAUGUCAAGCAGGGCCUGUCAUUGGCUAAUGGGCAUGUGGGACAUUCCCACCAUCUUGCACUGAACCCUGAAUUAAGUGACCAAUCAGGAAGAGGCAAAUCUCCUUCAACUAUCCAGUUGAAAGGUCCAGAAGAUUUACACUCUGCUGAGAGUCCCAUAGACAGUAUGACAGCCUCCCACAGAAAAUGCAAAACCAUUAGCUUGUUAGCCAUAAUGAUUCUGGUUGGGGACAGCCUGCAUAAUUUUGCAGAUGGCUUAGUGCUAGGAGCAGCUUUCUCCUCUUCAUCUGAGUCGGGAGUGACCACAACAAUUGCUAUCUUGUGCCACGAAAUUCCACACGAGAUGGGAGACUUUGCUGUGCUUUUAAGCUCUGGACUCUCUAUUAAGACUGCCAUUCUGAUGAAUUUUAUAAGUGCUCUAACUGCCUUCGUAGGACUAUACAUUGGCCUCUCAGUGUCCACUGAUCCAUGUGUCCAAGACUGGAUCUUAACAGUCACUGCUGGAAUGUUCUUGUAUUUAUCCCUGGUGGAAAUGCUUCCUGAAAUGACUCAUGUUCAAUCACGACGACCCUGGAUGAUGUUUCUCCUGCAGAACAUUGGAUUGAUCUUAGGUUGGCUUUCUCUCUUACUCUUGGCUAUAUAUGAACAAAACAUUAAAAUAUAA